CGGGCUGCGCGGCGCGGCGGGUUAGGUUGCGGCUCUCUGCGCGCGGCUAUAACUUUGUGUUGUGGCGAAGAGGAGGAGGGAUGCGCGAGCUGGCGGCCGGCAGGGCCACGGGCAGCUGGGGCGGGUUGCGGCAGCCGGGCCGCUCGCCUCGCCGCCUCCCCCCGCGUCGCCUUUAAAGGGAAGGCUCCGCCGAGCCCCAGGCGCAGAGCGGGCGGAGCGGAGCCGCGCAGCAACAGCAACAGCAACAGCAGCAGCAGCAGCAGCAGCAGCACCAACACCAGCGCCGCCGCCGCUGCCGCCGCCGGGCGCUGGGCUCUGCCUUUUCGUUGGCGUGGGGGCCGCCGUCGGCUCUGUCCCCACCGCCCCCUGCCCGCGGUUCUUCGGUGACUCGAGCGAAGGGAACUGUCAAGAUGGCAGCGGCAGGAGCACGGAGGUUAUGAGCACGGAGGUUAUGAGCGCGGCGGCAGUGCUGGAACAAAACCCAUUCGCUUCGGCAGCCCGAGGGAAGGCUUAGAGCUCCCGGACCUGUUGGAGGAGCGCCGAUCCGAUCCGUCCCUCUCCUGCUCGCUUUUUCCCUGCGAGAAGAAGGAUUUUUAUCAUUAUUAUUACAUUUAUUUUAUUUUUUUUUUCUGGCGAGGAGGUGCCGCGGGGCUCGGGGGCACCGCGAAGUGAAGGCGAGCAGCGCGCAGGGACCCGCGCUCCCCUCGGGGCGUCCCGAAGAAGGAGGAACUCCUCGGUGCCGCCCGGGGACGAGCGCAGGACACCCCGAGGAAAGGAAGGUACUCGCGGGCCCCGGAGCGCCCGCAUGGAGUGAAGAAACAUAAACAAACGCACACUCGCACCGCCGAGCGCACCCCGGUACCGCGCUCCGGUGCUCCACCUGAUUUAAUUGCGUUUUUCGCUCUCCGUUUGUUAUUUUUGCCGGCUCUGCCCUCUCGCUCCGUGCCCGCGGGGAGCGGCAUGCCCGCCCGCUAGGCUCCCGGCGGCACCGAGCAGGCGGCGGCGGAGGAGGAGCGGGGCCGGCAGCCGCCCGCCCCGUCGCAGCGCCCCGCCGCCGCCGCAGCCGCCCCCGAGGGAGGCCAAGAUGGCAGAGGCGUCGCCCCCGGGGCCGCUCUCGCCCCUGGACGUGGAGCUGGACCCCGAGUUCGAGCCGCAGAGUCGCCCCCGCUCCUGCACCUGGCCGCUGCAGAGGCCCGAGCUGCAGGCCAGCCCCGCCAAGCCCGCCGGCGAGCCGCCCGCCGACGCCGCCUCCAUGAUCCCCGAGGAGGAGGACGACGACGAGGAGGGGGGCGGCGCGGCCAUGGCCGUCGGCGGCCACGGAGGGGGGGUCCCGGGGGAGCGCAGAGCCCCCGCCGCCGCCGCGCCGCUGAGCGGCGGCGGCCCCGCGGCGGCGGCGCCGAGGAAGUGCUCGUCGCGGCGCAACGCGUGGGGCAACCUCUCGUACGCCGACCUCAUCACCAAAGCCAUCGAGAGCGCCCCGGAGAAGCGGCUCACGCUCUCGCAGAUCUACGACUGGAUGGUGCGCUGCGUGCCCUACUUCAAGGACAAGGGCGACAACAACAGCUCGGCCGGAUGGAAGAAUUCAAUCCGGCACAACUUGUCGCUCCACAGCAGAUUCAUCAGGGUGCAGAAUGAAGGCACUGGGAAGAGCUCCUGGUGGAUGAUCAAUCCGGACGGUGGAAAAGUCGGCAAGGCGCCGCGGAGACGUGCCGUGUCCAUGGACAACAGCAACAAGUACACAAAGAGCAGAGGGCGGGCGGCGAAGAAAAAGGCAGCCCUGCAGACUGCCCAGGAGGCGAGUGAGGACAGCCCUUCGCAGCUCUCCAAGUGGCCAGGGAGCCCGACUUCCCGCAGCAGCGAUGAGCUGGAUGCCUGGACAGAUUUUCGCUCCCGGACAAAUUCGAACGCCAGUACAAUAAGUGGGCGCUUGUCACCGAUUUUGGCGAGCACCGAGCUGGAUGAUGUUCAAGACGAUGACGCUCCACUUUCUCCCAUGCUGUACAGUAGUCCUUCGAGCUUGUCCCCCUCUGUAAACAAACCAUGCACUGUGGAGUUGCCUAGGUUGACUGAUAUGGCUGGGACAAUGAAUUUGAACGAUGGACUGACAGAUAACCUCAUGGAUGACCUCUUGGACAAUAUAACACUCCCUUCCUCCCAGCAGUCACCCACGGGAGGGAUAAUGCAGAGAAGCGCCAGUUUUCCGUAUGGUUCCAAAGGUUCAGGGCUGGGUUCCCCAUCAAGUAGUUUCAACAAUGCCGUGUUUGGGCCGUCGUCCCUGAAUUCCCUCCGCCAGUCGCCCAUGCAGACCAUUCAGGAGAACAAGCAGGCUACCUUCUCUUCCAUUUCUCAUUACAACAACCAGACGUUGCAGGAUCUGCUCGCCUCGGAUGCACUUAGUCACAGCGAUGUCAUGAUGACACAGUCUGACCCGCUCAUGUCCCAGGCCAGCACAGCUGUGUCCGCCCAGAACUCCCGCAGGAAUAUAAUGCUCCGCAGUGAUCCCAUGAUGUCGUUUGCUGCGCAGUCCAGUCAGGGCGGUCUGGUCAAUCAGAACCUGCCCCAUCACCAGCACCAGUCUCACAACUCUCCUCUUAGCGGCAGCCGUGCCUUGUCCAAUUCCAUCAAUAACAUAGGCUUGAAUGACUCCAACAGCUUGGGAUCCAAACAUCAGCAGUCACCUGUCAGUCAGUCUAUGCAAACACUUUCUGACCCUCUCUCAGGCUCCUCUUUGUAUUCCUCUAGCAUGAACCUUCCGGUCAUGGGACACGAGAAAUUUCCAAGUGACUUAGACCUGGAUAUUUUCAAUGGGAGCUUGGAGUGUGACAUGGAGUCCAUCAUCCGCAGUGAACUCAUGGAUGCAGAUGGGCUGGAUUUUAACUUUGAUUCCCUCAUCUCAGCACAGAACGUUGUCAGUCUGAAUGUGGGGAACUUCACUGGUGCUAAACAGGCUUCAUCACAGAGUUGGGUACCAGGCUGAAGGAUCUUUGAGGACAGGGAAAAUGGGCAAACAGGCCCUCAAACUGACACGAGAUGUAGAGAGAGAACCCUUUGCCAAAUCUGCUGUCAGCAAGUGGACAGUGAUACUGUUUACAGCUUAUGACGUUUGUGAACCCUGCAUUAUUUUCCUAACAAAGCAGACUGUUAAAAGGCUCCUUAUCUGAGUGAAGAUCCUCUUUUUUUUUUUCUCUUUUUCUUUGGAAUUGAACUCAUUCUGAAGUAUGCAAAAUCUUCCUUUUCUGGGAUGGCCAAGCACCUGCUGUGGAGACAAUGUUCAGCACCAUCCUGUUGAGAACACACUGUGUAGCCUUUACAGUAGUUACUUGUCAAUGAGUAUGUGGUGUUUCAAUAUAUUAAUGGUUUAUGGGAUGUUUUAGGUUGGCUUUUCUUUUUGGAGGUUUUCCCUGUCUGCCCACCCUCCUCCCUGCAACCUCCAGUUUGAUUUCCGUAGAUUUUUGACCAUUUUUGCUUUCUCUCACUGGGGAAUCUGAAACACUGCGUACGUGCAAGGAAAUGAUCAUAACCCAACGUUGCUCAGAUGUCAGGGCUCUUCAGAUAGACACUAUUCAUGAUACCAACCAACUGACCGAAUUCCAGAGGGAGGCGAUUCAUGUGGUCUGUGUGUUUGUUGGGUUGGUUCGUUUGUUUCUUUCUUUUUCUUCCCUUAAACUUAAUGGUACGGCCCUGUUUUCUGUAAGCAUCAAGCCAGGGUUGAUUGCAAAGCCAGGGAAACCAGCAAGGCAGAUCUCCCGGCUGGUGCUGGUGAGGACAGACUGACCACAGGUGCCGCUGCCUUGACUGCCACGGGAUCCUGCUUGCUACCCACUGGAGCGGGCUCAUCUCCUGGCCUUACGUUAGCAGGGCUGCCGCAGGUAGCAAAGUGAGAACUUUUAGGCUGAGCUGCCCCUCUGCUGCCAGGCAUGUUGAGUGUAUAACCACCUGUAAAGAGCUGUCUGGGAAGCAAAAAUAAAGGAAAGCACGCCCCUUUGCAGGAGGGGUGAGCAAACAGGCUGUGUGCAUCAGCAAGUUGAUCACAGCGGCAGCACUGGGUGUCCAGGCACAGAUCGUUGCAGUGUGUGUUAUUGCAUCAGUGAUCCUUUUUUUUUUUUUUUUUUUGACAUAUCCUCGAUGAUUUUUUCCUUCACAUUGUAUAUAAUCCAUUGCAGAAGAAGCAGAAGGAGGGGGAAUGGUAAGGUGACAAUAUCGUGCAAAUGGCUUUUCAUAUGAGCAUAGAUUGUAACAGGAUAAAUGACACUGAAAGACAAGGCAGUUUUAUAUAUUUUGCUUCUUAAGAUUUUCUUUUGUAAAAUGAAUAAUAAUAAUAAUGAAUAAAAGGUAUGGUGCUGUAUAGAUCCUCUCUAUAAUCUGGAAAGUUUGAUUACUUUUUAUUAGUAUCUUGGGGGGAGGGAUACAAAAAAAAGAGGGGAAAACACCAAUGGUACAUAAGAACUUGAUAUGAAGACGUUCUGAAUAGGACAGUGUAUACAUAAUUCUCCAAAGUGAUAUAUGAAGUUUUGUUUCUUUGCAUAAAGGCAUUAUGCAUAUAAAUAUAUAAAUAUAUUUUAUUAUGUACAGAAAUGGAUCAUUAUGCAUGGAUGUUAGGAAAACCAACUAGCAUUUUAACCCAAAGUUUCAGUGCAUGAGUUGCCACCAGUCCGUGUUCCAUGCAAUGUGGAGUGACUCCCUCUCGCCACUGCCACCGCACACGCACAGUCAUGCACGCCCACGCGAGCGCUCAUGGGUCCUUCCUCGCUCCUCACUUUCCAGGCCCCCAAGGUGAUACUGGUGAAAUAACAGCUCCCCGUGUGAUGGAAGUUUUGUUUCGUAACGUAGCCCCCUCAUGCUCACAGUGUUCUCGUAAAGAUGCACCUCUUGGUUUCAUCCCGCAGUUAUGACUGUGUAAACUCUGUGCAGUUGUGGUUGUUGUUGCCCUGUAGCAUAUCAACUUUUCCAAGCAGCCAAGGGUUUAUCAUUCUCAUUUCUAAAAAAAAGGAAGCUUUUAUUUUCACACUAACUUGGUCUAUUUGUCAGCAUGGGGACUAGGUGAUUAAAUUCACGGGAGGUAGCUGACACUCGCUGCCCAUCUCCAUAUUCAAGGAGGUUGGUUGUUACCAGACGCUGGCAUGCCGCAGGUCACCUGGCCUAGGCGUCACUUUGCUUAUCAGUCCAGCCACAGACGCUUCUUAACAAAAUCAGUCAAGGGCUUCCCUGCGAGCCUCCCGGCACACCCCAAAAUGUGAGAGCACACCGAAGGCCUGUCCUCUGGUGCUCCUUCCUCAGGCAGCUCCGUGGUUGCUGCCCCAACCUGGGCUUGUCCCCAUACCCUGAGGAUUUGGCCACUGACAGAGUUCCAUGAAUGGGUGAUGUCCGCAGUGAGGCCCAGGGCCUUCCCGAAGGCUGCCUGCCAGGUCUCUGGUGCACAUAGGCAGCACCGGUGUUGAUGUUGUGGUGGAUGGCUGAGGUGACAAAAACCCAUUGUUCAGUUUUAUUCCUUUGUACGGAUGCCGUUCCUAUCCAAUGCAAGGGAAGCCCCCCUAAUCUAAAACAGCCCGGGGCAGUUUCUGGUCUGCCAGGGCAGCCUUGCUACAUCAAACUCGAUGGAGCUAGCUCACACUGGCAUAAAUAAGGAGAAAAACGUGGUCCACUCUGUUCAGAAUAUGGAGAAAAAACAAUUGAUUCAGAGACAGCCAAUGGCAGAGAAGGUUUUGUUUUGUUUUGUUUUGUUUUAAAUUAGAAACAUUAGCAGCUGAAAGGCUUAAUCUACCUCCCAGCAAUGUCAAGGAGAGCAUUUCCAUUGGUGUAUGUAGGCCAUGUUGGGCCCCUAUGCUGGAGACUAUCUCAGUACUUGCUGAAGAGGGACGGACUUGGACAACCUCUUCAGUUUGGUUUCUGUUGCUCGUUUUUGCGGCCAAAAUUUUCCAACUGAAGUGCCUCACGUCAGGCAUCGAAAGUCUGGGACAUGGACGUGGUGUCGUGGGGCUGGCACUUCUCAAAUCACACAGAGUGCCUGCUGCCCCCCAGGGCCACCUCGUCCACAUGCUGAGGUGCCUAAAAAUUGCCCUCGUCUCCAGAGGUGCCGAAUAAAUAACUGCAUCUUGCUGAACUCAAGGGUCACUUGUCCAGGUGUCAAAGUAAGGAUUACAGUAAUAGUUAAUCUGGGGAAGCCACCUUUUGAAAACUUUGGCCUUUGAGUUUUUGAACAUUCUUCUACAUAGUUUUCCUUCUGAAAUCACGUAAAACAGAUGAAGGCCCAGAACAAUUGCAUGGGUAUCAUUUAAACAAACACUUUACAGAAGGUCUAUAAAGGUGGCAUUUGUGCAGUUCUUAGUCGCAGUUUUGGGGGUUUAUUUAAUAAUUUUGUAAGUUUUUUUCUCAUGAGAAUAAUUGGAUGGUUGGCCACCGCCUAACUCCAGAAAUUCUUGUGCCACUGCUUCAAAAAUUUAACCUUUUAGAUCAUGUAUUUCUCUCAAACGACGUCAUUGCUUGGCAAUCAGUGUCCUGUAAUUGUUUUUAGUACACAAUAUUCAUUAGGAAUUGCCAACAGAUGCGAAGGGGGACCAGAUACAUUUUGUUCCUAUGGGUUGGAAAAAUGGAUUGUACAUUUGGCUUCACAUGUUUAACUUUUUUUAAAAAAAGUUGCAUGAUUGGAAAAAAUAUGUAUACAGUAUCUGUAAAACUGUUUUAUCUGUUUUUGUUUCAAGCCAUGUAAAUUGGGAGAAUAUUAAAUCCACAGCCUUAGCGUGCAUGGCUGUCUUUACAUACCGAAGAGCUGAACAGUUUAUACUUUUCAUUUGGGCUAUCUUGUACUUUCAUUUGAAAGCAGACACUCUCAUGUUGCAGUCUUACUGAGGAUUUUAUAAAAUAAUUUUAAAAAAUUGAAAAAAAAAAAAAAAAAGAUGCUGCCCUGGAUGAAUAUAUUACCUUACUACACAGAGAUUGGAAGGAAGUUUGUUUUGGAGCAAAACCUGCCCCUUUCCAAACAAAGUAGAGAUGCAGUGCUUACUCCACUUGGUGUUAGUAGAUAUUGCCUUGUGUAUUCCAUUUUAAAUUGUAAUCUAGUUUGUAAAAGAGAUGGUGACGCAUGUAAAUAAAGCAUAAUGGAUCUCUACAUUGCA